CAGCUUUCAGCUCUCUUUUCGCAUGUGCAAGGUUGUUCGCCAUUAGUGCGUUUACUAGUAAGUUCCGUAUCUUUGUCGGAAAUUUUCCUGUUGAAUCUGCAGAUAGUGCCCCCAAACAGUCGCGAGUGUAAUGCCGAAGAAUAAGGGAAAAGGUGGCAAGAACCGUCGUCGCGGUAAGAAUGAAAACGAAUCGGAAAAGCGUGAGCUAAUCUUCAAGGAGGACGAGCAGGAAUACGCACAGGUCACAAAAAUGCUUGGCAAUGGCAGAUUGGAAGCGAUGUGCUUCGACGGCGUUAAGCGACUUUGUCACAUCAGAGGCAAACUGCGGAAAAAGGUAUGGAUCAACCAAGGCGACAUCAUUUUGAUCGGCCUGCGUGACUACCAGGACUCGAAGGCGGACGUCAUCCUCAAGUACACACCGGAUGAGGCGCGAAAUCUCAAGACCUACGGCGAGUUUCCGGAGUCGGUGCGCAUCAACGACACAGUCACGUUCGUCGACAACGACCUGGACGACGAUAUCGAGUUCGGUGACGAGUACAGUUCGGAGGAGGAAGUCGACGCCGUCGAUGCCAUAUGAUCGGCCGGUAAAUUCCAAACCAGCGGCGGCGGCGGCAGCGGUAACAACACUAGCAACGGCACAGCAAAUUUUUUCAGUAGCAGCAAGAGCAGUUAAAUUUUUCACCUCAUUCGUGAUUUGUUCAGUAUAAUAAAAUAUUCGACGACUAAACCGGUAGAGCUAGCAACAACAACGGCUAGCGUAGAAACCAGUGAAGGGCAACAUCUGGAAACAGGAAGUCGAGGCGGCAAAAUAUAAACGUAAUUGUUUUAUUUUAAAUAUUUUGUUUGUAACCCGAUUAUUCCCAGGGAUUCGUGAAUCGGUAAAACCUUCUAAAGCGUUAUGUUGAGAAUAUUUUCCGUUCGUUUUUUGAUAAUCCAAUAUAUUUAUAUAAUUACUCUUCCUAGUAAUUCACAACAGACUUGAACUAGGUUAGUUUAGUUCAUUUUUUCUGCAAAAAGAAGGUCCCAUGCAAACAUUAAAACCAGCAAAUAAUAGCAGUAAUUCUUGUUACAGUUUAAAGGAAAUGUAAGUUGAAGUGAGCGAAAGUAGACAACAGAAAAAUGGUGAUAUUAUGCUGAACUGUAUCUGCAACGGUAGCUCCGGAUGUUGCGGAAAGAUUUACAGUUGAGCGAUGAUCACGUUGAUGGUUCACAAUGCAUGCUAUUGUUCAAUAUAGAAACAGAGGGAGGAGAGAAACGAAA